GUUGCAUCUGGGCCACCAGCCCCAAUGGCAGCGACAUGCCGCCUCACACCCGCCGCUCGGGUGUUGCCGUUCGGCGUCCUGAGGGCGGCCUGUAGGCAGCUUCGAGCAGACCUGGGUGCAGUCUCUGGCGUCCACAGCGCGGCCGCACCCUUUCCAUACCAGGAGACUUUUGAGUUCGGCGAGUUCCAGGCGGACAGCGCCACCGUCAUCGCCCUGCUGACGCCCUACAUCUCGCGCCAGAGGAGGGCCGCCGUGGACAAGGUCGUCAGCGAACGCACGUUCAGUGUUGUCCCCAUUGUGGAAGGACUGGUCGACACCGGCAACCUGUCAGCCGUCUUGAGGUCUGCAGACGCACUGGGAUACGGAGCGGUGCACUGCAUUCGAAACAGUAACAAGAAACCCAAAUAUUCACAACGCUGCAGCGCUGGUGCGGACAAAUGGCUGGAGUUGGUGGAAUGGGAUCGCACAGAGGAUUGCUUGGCUGACAUGAAGGAAAAUGGAUACCACAUAGUAGUCACCAGCCUUGCUCCUGGUGCAUCUUUGGUUCAGGAUGUGGACUGGACACGCCCAACCGCCGUUGUGCUUGGCAACGAGCUUCAAGGGGUGUCAGACGCGGCUAUGGAAAUGGCGGACUCCUGUGCUGUCAUUCCCAUGGUCGGCUUUGUAGAGUCGUUUAACAUAUCUGUUGCAGCCGCGUUGACCCUUUAUGAAGCAAAAUCAUCACGCAUCUGCAAAUUGGGAUUCCAUGGCGACUUGUCGGAAGAACAGCAGCAAAUUUUGAAGGCUGUGUUGUAUCUGCGCUGCAGGGAAGAUGCUGGUCGCUACGUCAAGGAGCUGCUCUCAAGAAUGGAGCGAAGUAACGAAAAUGAAAAUGGGGCGGCCUCUUAA